CUCCCUCCGGGCGAAGCUGGGAAUUGGGUGGGAUUAUACGCAGCAGUCCCGCCGCCGCCGCUAGCAGAGCCCGGCUGGAUUGAAGAGGGCGGGGGUUCCCCUCCGUCAGCUGCGCCGAGCGCCCCUCGCCUGGUCCCUCGCCGCCUCGCUCGCCUCGCUCGCCUCGACGUCGGGCCGGGAGAAGCCGGCAGCUUCGGGAGCCUCCCGCCGAGGGCGCCGCGGUCCGCGCCCCACGCCCGCAGCCCCGGCCCGGCCUCGGCGGGGCGCCGCUCCCCUCCCCCUCCGGCGCACAGGGGGCCCCCGCCGGCUUCCGCCCUCCCGGGGCUGCGAGACCAGCCCCAGCGGACCCGCUGCCCGGAGAAGCUCCAGCCAUGGGCUCGGGGCGCGUGCCCGGGCUCUGCCUGCUAGUCCUACUGGUCCAUGCCCGCGCCGCCCAGCACAGCAAAGCUGCGCAAGAUGUGGAUGAGUGUGUGGAAGGGACAGACAACUGCCACAUCGACGCUAUCUGCCAGAACACCCCGCGGUCCUACAAGUGCAUCUGCAAGUCUGGCUACACAGGGGACGGCAAGCACUGCAAAGACGUGGAUGAGUGCGAGCGAGAGGACAAUGCAGGCUGUGUGCAUGACUGUGUCAACAUCCCUGGUAACUACAGAUGCACCUGCUAUGAUGGAUUCCACCUGGCACACGAUGGACACAACUGUCUGGAUGUGGAUGAGUGUGCUGAGGGCAAUGGUGGUUGUCAGCAGAGCUGUGUCAACAUGAUGGGCAGCUAUGAGUGUCACUGCCGAGAAGGCUUCUUCCUCAGCGACAACCAGCACACCUGCAUCCAGCGACCAGAAGGAAUGAACUGCAUGAACAAGAACCAUGGCUGUGCCCACAUUUGCCGGGAGACCCCCAAGGGGGGUAUCGCCUGUGAAUGCCGCCCUGGCUUUGAGCUCACCAAGAACCAGCGGGACUGUAAAUUGACAUGCAACUAUGGUAAUGGUGGCUGCCAGCACACAUGCGAUGACACAGAGCAGGGUCCCCGGUGCGGCUGCCAUGUCAAGUUUGUGCUCCAUACCGACGGGAAGACAUGCAUCGAGACCUGUGCUGUCAACAACGGGGGCUGCGACAGUAAGUGCCACGAUGCUGCGACUGGUGUCCACUGCAGCUGUCCUGUGGGCUUCAUGCUGCAGCCAGAUAGGAAGACCUGCAAAGACAUAGACGAGUGUCGUUUGAACAACGGGGGCUGUGACCACAUCUGCCGCAACACAGUAGGCAGCUUUGAAUGCAGCUGCAAGAAGGGCUAUAAGCUUCUCAUCAAUGAGAGGAACUGCCAGGAUAUAGACGAAUGCUCCUUUGAUCGAACCUGUGACCACAUGUGUGUCAAUACACCAGGAAGCUUCCAGUGUCUCUGUCACCGUGGCUACCUGCUAUAUGGUGUCACCCACUGUGGAGACGUGGAUGAAUGCAGCAUCAACGGGGGAGGCUGCCGAUUUGGCUGCAUCAACACUCCUGGCAGUUACCAGUGUACCUGUCCAGCAGGCCAGGGCCGACUACACUGGAAUGGCAAGGAUUGCACAGAGCCAGUGAAGUGUCAGGGCAGUUCUGGGGCCUCAAAAGCCAUGCUCAGCUGCAACCGAUCUGGCAAGAAGGACACCUGUGCCCUGACCUGUCCCUCCCGGGCCCGGUUUUUGCCAGAGUCCGAGAAUGGCUUCACGGUGAGCUGUGGUACCCCCAGUCCUAAGGCUGCGCCAGCCCGAGCUGGCCACCCUGGAAACAGCACCAACUCCAACCACUGUCAUGAGGCUGCAGUGCUGUCGGUUAAGCAGCGGGCCUCCUUCAAGAUCAAAGACGCCAAAUGCCGUUUGCACCUGCGAAACAAAGGCAAAAUGGAGGAGCCUGGCAGAAUCCUGGGGCCAGGUGGUGCCCCCUGCUCUGACUGCCAGGUCACCUUCAUUCACCUCAAGUGUGACUCCUCUCGGAAGGGCAAGGGUCGGCGGGCCCGGACCCCCCCAGGCAAGGAGGUCACCCGGCUCACCCUAGAACUGGAAGCAGAGGUCAGAGCUGAAGAAACUACAGCUGGCUGCGGGCUGCCUUGCCUUCGACAGCGGAUGGAAAGGCGAUUGAAAGGAUCCCUGAAGAUGCUCAGAAAGUCCAUCAACCAGGACCGCUUCCUGCUGCGCCUAGCGGGCCUCGACUAUGAACUAGCCCACAAGCCAGGCCCGGUAUCGGGGGAGAGAGCAGAGCUGGUGGAGGUCUGCAGGCCUGGGCAGCAUCGUGCUGGGACCAAGUGUGUCAGCUGCCCGCAGGGAACGUAUUACCACGGCCAGACGGAGCAGUGUGUGCCAUGCCCAGCGGGCACCUUCCAGGAGAGAGAAGGGCAGCUCUCCUGCGACCUUUGCCCUGGCAGUGAUGCCCACGGGCCUCUUGGAGCCACCAACAUCACCACGUGUGCAGGUCAGUGCCCACCUGGCCAACACUCUGUGGAUGGGUUCAAGCCCUGCCAGCCAUGCCCACGUGGCACCUACCAACCUGAAGCAGGACGGACCCUGUGCUUCCCAUGUGGUGGGGGCCUCACCACCAAGCAUGAGGGGGCCAUCUCCUUCCAAGAUUGUGAAACUAAGGUCCAGUGCUCCCCAGGGCACUACUACAACACCAGCAUCCAUCGUUGUAUCCGCUGUCCCAUGGGCUCCUAUCAGCCUGACUUCCGUCAGAACUUCUGCACCCGCUGUCCAGGAAACACCAGCACUGACUUUGAUGGCUCUACCAGUGUGACCCAGUGCAAGAAUCGACAGUGUGGUGGGGAGCUAGGUGAGUUCACUGGCUAUAUCGAGUCCCCCAACUACCCGGGCAACUACCCAGCCGGCGUGGAGUGCAUCUGGAACAUCAACCCCCCACCCAAGCGCAAGAUCCUUAUCGUGGUACCUGAGAUCUUCCUGCCAUCUGAGGACGAGUGUGGGGACGUCCUCGUCAUGAGAAAGAACUCAUCCCCAUCCUCCAUCACCACUUAUGAGACCUGCCAGACCUAUGAGCGCCCCAUUGCCUUCACCGCCCGGUCCAGGAAGCUUUGGAUCAACUUUAAGACAAGUGAGGCCAACAGUGCCCGUGGCUUCCAGAUUCCCUAUGUUACCUAUGAUGAAGACUACGAGCAGCUGGUAGAAGACAUUGUGCGGGAUGGCCGACUCUAUGCCUCUGAAAACCACCAGGAGAUCUUAAAGGACAAGAAGCUCAUCAAAGCCUUCUUUGAGGUGCUGGCCCACCCCCAGAACUACUUCAAGUACACAGAGAAACACAAGGAGAUGCUGCCAAAAUCCUUCAUCAAGCUGCUUCGCUCCAAAGUUUCCAGCUUCCUGAGGCCCUACAAAUAGUGCCUAUAGUCUAGAGACCCAGGUUUUUUAGCCCCCAGACUCCUUAACCCUCAGAGCCGGCAGCCCCUACCCUCAGACAAGGAACUCUCUCCUCUUUUUGGAGGAAAGUAUCACUAUACAGACCAGGCACUCUCCCUUUCUUUCUAGUUUCCUUCUCUCUCUCUCACUCACUACUGGUUUCUCUCUUCCUACAUGGUCACUGGAAAAGCCAUCCAGUGCUGGCUGUAUUCCCCAGAGGGGCGAAGGGACAGCACUGCCCCCUCCCUUGCCCAUUUUACCAGCUUACAUCCCUGGUCAGCUUGGAAGGGUGCUAAAAGCCCACUAAGGAAGUGGGUCUACUAGAGAAUGGGGAGGGGAAAGAGGGACUUCUGCCAUUACAAGGUUGUGCCUUGCUAGUCAGGAGCCAAAAUGUCCCCUGGCUGGGUUCCCCAGGGUGACUUUUAACAGCCCAGAGUCCUGCCAAAGAAGCCUUUGACCUACCAACUUAAUGCCAGCACCAGUCUGCUGAGGCACACAGUUGGAGCCCUGGCCACCCACACAGUUGGCUUUCUUGUCUAUACAGCUCCUCUUUCUUCCCCUACAUGUCUGACUGGGGUUGACUCCAUAAGCGUUUACAAAUGGCCCACACCACUGGGCUGGUGGACACCGGCUGACUGAGGGAAGCAGCAGGCAUUACCAAGUACGUUUUGAUGUGCUGCUGUGACUCUUGAGAGAAAGACUAUAGCUCUGCAGGACAGGAAGCAGGUUUUAAAGCAUUGCCAAAA